AUGCAGUCCCAAAGGUUGGUUUUAGAAGUUAACUAGAGUCUUCAUUUUCAGUUCUUUAGAUUUUUGGGGUUUUUGCCUUGCUUGUUAAGUGUUCAAACCCAACCAUCCUAUCCUAAACUGUGCUGUCUAACCAUCUGCAUUUUGGGGGAAAUCUGCGUUUCAGAGCAAUGCACCUCAUUUCUUCGAGUGCCACUGAACCUGCAUGGAAUGAUGGAGCAAUAUCCUGCAACAUCAUUAUAAUUAUCAUACUUAUAUUUGACGGGCAAUAACUCAUGCUCAUAUGAAGAAAAAAGCAGUGAGGUUACGCGCCCGCUGGCUGCAGAUUUUCACCGCUCACGUCCUAAUUGCAUGACAGCUGUAAGUAGGCCUAUAACCGAGCUGUCCAUACAGCUCCCAUUUAAUAUUAGGUUCGCUUGUCCUCAUAAUGCCAUGUGCGUUUGUGUCAUGGUUUGAGGUUUCAUAUCAGAGCUCAUGAGAAGCGCCAUCUGUUGGAAACGAGGAUCAGUCCUCAGAGACAAGACAAGGACAAGAUACAGGCAGAAAUGCAGGUUUAUAAGGCUGCUGCAUAAAAAGAAGAUGCAAGAGAUCUCCUAACCUGAGCUACAAUAUUUAAGAACAAGUCAGGCAUGAGGUUUCUAUAAAACGUGACUGGAUUAUGCUGAUUGGAUUUAUAGACAUCUCGUUGUCACUUGUACCUCUCACUGCAAGCACAUGAUUUCACAGUUGUCUUUUUAAAGACAUUUCCACAUUGAUUUGCAGUGUCUAUAGAGAAAUUACAAAUGUCAUGCAUUUCAAAAGAUCUGAAAAUCUAUUGAUUAAUCAUUAAAACUGUCAUGCAGUAGCCUAAAUAGCUGAAAUAAAAACAGCAAACACUAAAUGAUGAUGGACAGUAAAUCUAGGAGGUGCUAUAAUGUGAUUUGAUUCUUUGUGGGUGGAUAAGGACUUCCUCUGAUGCUCAUUUUUGAGAAAGGAUUAUCUGAGGUGGCACAGUUACAGUCAGCUGAAGCUGGUUUUCUAACAGCAUGCUACACUGACACUAACAUCUAAUCUUAAUUUUGAGAAUUUGAACCCAGAAAAUUAUUGGUAAUUUGUUAAUAGGCGUUUAAUAUAUAAUAUGAUAAGAGCCAUUUGAUGGAGAAUUUUUUUAUUCUUUGAGAUUGAGAUUAGAUUUGCCAUGACCUAAAUGAGAGCAACCCUAGAGAUUACAAGCAACUCAUUGAGGACACCAUUAUUAUAAAAAAUCUGUCAAUUUACUUUUUGUAAAGUUGGCUGAUUUACAUGCUAAUCACAGUAAUUUCAUGUUUCUGGCGAACAGUGGGGAAUAAUGGGCCUGUUCUGACUACAUUUGUCACUGGAGCUGAUAUACUCAUCGUUAUUCAUAGCUAUUUCAAUUUAAAAUAUCUGUAAAAUCUGAAAUUAAGUUGCUCAUCACAUUUUGAGUCCCUUGGCCUAUUAAUGCAGCCAUGAACAAGAAGCUCUGAAUGUCUUUUUUUAGUCAGAGACAAAAGCUUAAUCAAGAAAUGUGACUAUCUUUCAAUGGAUUAACAGCUAAUUGUUCAUAAAUGUAGUCAUUAUGAAACAAAUGGUUAGUUUAUGAGCUGUAAUCCAUCAAGGUAUGAGAGGCAAAACAGUCGACCCACAGCAUUGGCAGGUGCAGAUCUUAUUAGAGCAUACAAUGUAAAUAAUAUUUAACAAUAAAACAUGUAGGAUCUGCAACAAGUGAACUCCAAAAUGAUCAAUCUGAACCUGUUUUAAGUGCUUUUUGUAAUCAACAGUCAACCAGUGUAUCAUUUGGUCAGCCACGCUUGGAUCUACAUCAAAGCCCUUAUAGCAGUAGAGGGUAAUUCAGUUGAAUUGUGGUUCACAUAAUGUUUCAAAAUUCAACAAACCAUCUCACAGAGCUGCAGUUUUACACCUUCCAGCUGCAGUCCACCGUUUCAGAUGUGCGCUUCGGUAUAUUAGGGCUGGAAAACAAUGUGCACAGGGCCACCCUUGUUGAAAACAUGUGUAGGCUCAGACCUCAUUGUAUACCGAUGUAUCCAUCAUCCACCAGAGGGACAGCGAUCACAAAAGACACUCAGCGCACUAUGGAAAAAUACUGUACAGCCAGCCACAGCCUGUGUAAGUGCAGCCAGCCAUUUGAAAGGGUUUUGAUUGAAAUGGUAACAGAAAAGUAGUUAAAAAUGUGCCAUUAGUCCAAGAGAAAGUACAAAGGAGGGGAUCGCCACCCGUGCUUUAGAACUGUACAGUGGAAACGUACACAAAACCUUCUAACCAGCAAACAACAAACACUCAUGGACCUUAGAUUGUUGGAUGUAUGAAACAGCAAGACAUCAUGUUGAAUGAGCAUGUGGGUUAUCACUGCUGGGUAAAAAAUAUCCCAACAACCCCGUCAAGUGUUCCCAACAUUUUCUGGACAUUAAAUAUUUGAAUGAGUUUAAGUCAUGUUACGCAUGUCGAGUUUGUCAAUACUGAUCCCUAAGACUUCCACCCUGUGAUAUUCAGGCCAUAACCUUUAUUUUUUAUACAGGAAGUAUGUCAACUAACCUGACGGUUUCAAACAAGUGCCACAUAGACACUAGUUCCAUCCUGUUACAACUGAGAUUUUAACAAAUGUUUCACUCCUAUAGUAAACUUUGAGGUUUUAAAUAACAAAAUAUAUCUAUUCAUCUAUUGCUUAAUUUGUUGAGUGGUCAUUUUAUCAAACAUUUGUUGAGCCCAAGGCCGACAACUGUAACACAAUUUCAUGGACCAAAAUAAAAUCACAGUAAUGUAAUCUUUUCUUUAAAUCUAUUCUGCCAAUAGUCUAAAACCACAAUGUACUUUCAUUACUGUGGUAAAUGACAAAGAAAGGCAGCCAAUUACAUUGAAGCAUCUGGGCCUUGAAAACCUUUGUCAUUUUUCUUUAGAAAGUGACCAAUACCCACUAUCACCUUCAAAUUGAGCUUCUGUUGAUCUUAUUGUGAUGAAUUAUUCAAUAAAUCCAUGAAUACUUGCAGCCCUAAGUGACUGUGAAACAAUCAAAUAGUUAAAUCAGCUUUCUCGUAUGCAGUAACAGUGAUGAACAGAUUUAUUGAUAACUUUUAGUUGGUGUAUGAUCCUGUGGCUCCUGAUUUCUGAAACAUUUUUUAUAUUUGUCAUAUGUACAAUUUGACAGGUUUUUAUAGAUUAAUCCUUAUUGAAACAUCAAAUAAAGUUAUCUGGCCCUGUGACGGCAGUAUGGUGAUAGGCCUACAAGUGUUAAGAGAUUUAGACAUAUAGCAUUUUAGGAGAAACUACCCUCUAAAGCGUCCAAACUCGGAGGUAAGAGUUUUUAAGGUCAGAUUUCCAUAUAUGUUCACUGUUGUUGGUUGUUACCUUCAUCUUACCCUCUCUGCACACACGCUCUGUAGUGGGGAGAUGCCACUGUUUUGCUUUCCAGGUUUUCCCUCCACAGUGAGGUUACUGUUGCAAAUGAAGCCUUUCUUACAUGGCGUUGUGUGGACUACCGCAUUGUGGGUCUUGAAAUCUCGGGUCGUCGACGAACAAGUCUGCACAUUGAGAAGUAAUUUGAAACUUAAGAAAGGGGGGUUUAAGGGCAGGGAAAGCGGCAGUGAUUGGUUCAUUGUGUCCGCUGCAUUUUUAUCGACACUCCCUAAAAGGAAGACUCAGAGCCUGGCUGCCUUCGGCCGUUUGUCCCGCACUCCCUGACUCUCUGUUGGCUUCCCCUGCCGUAGCUGUUGGGUUAACUCUCACAUUAAAAGACUCACCUAAAGACUUCUUAUCGCGUAGGGAUGAAAAGACGAGGCCAACUUCAGACCUCUCUCAUGGACUCUGUGUAUUUUGUCGAUUCAGCGAGGACUAGGCGGCUCUAACUUCUCUCCUUCCCUUAUCCGGUUUGAGCAGGGAGAGGAGUAAAGCGCGAGCCCGAGCUGGAUGGAUGGUUAUGGGGGAAAGAGGAAGACCCUCGGCGCUUGACGUGUUCAGAGUCCUGGCUGUGUUUCUCUCGAUCUUCCCCUCCGGUAAGAUACUUUGUCUUGACUUUUCUCCAUCUCACGUUGAAAUUGUCAACACCAACGAAGUUAACUUUCUCUAAACUCUAAAAUAAUCAAUCAAAACGUACCUAGUUAGACUUGUUCAGCGGUGACAAACUUCUUUCACACCUCGGGAGCGAAGUUGCCAGGUUCGGUUGGUUUCUUAGUGAACUUAAAUACAUAUUAUAAGUGUAUUUUUUAAGUUUAUGAAUAGUUUUGUAAUGAAUUCGCAUCAUAUCAGUGUGUCAAAACAUGAAAGCCCUCAUAGUCAAUAGGAAAAUGAUAAACAUUUAUUAGAUAUCAGAAACCUGGAGCGCUUUCGUUCAGACGUCUGGGAAAAGGUUGAAGAUUUGUAAACAGCAGCGACAAGUUUUAAAAUGAACAAUCCUGUAACUGUGAAAUGUAAUCAGGCUGAAAUGGAUUAAGUUAUUGAUCAGUUUAGCUGUUUUAUUCGAGAAAAAAAAAUCAAAGUAAGAGGUCUGUUUGGAAGCUGCAGCAGCCCUCAACCCUUGUUUUGUUUGGGGGAUGGGACAUCCCUUAGUCUUUCACCCUUCCUGAUCUCUUUGAAAUUUCUUAAGUUUGGUUAUUGAUUAACCAGCAUUUUAAAGCUUGAGAAGGUCUGAAAUAUUUGUGUUGUUUCUAGAAAAAAAUUGCAAAGAUUUUUGAAGUUAUUUCUAAACUUAAGAGAAAAGUAGGCCCAUUAAAUGUUGCUCAGCAGCCAACAAGAACCCAACACGUUUGUGCUUUCUUGACUUAACACCUUUUGUAAUCUGACAAUAGAGCGACCACAAUAGGGGCACCUCAUACAGCUCAUCUCACACCGUUUGCAAAGCCCUUAUCAGUUUCCCUCCUAAGUCGCUUACCAUCAAACUACAAAGUGAUAAAUCACUGAUGGUGGAGAUCAAGAUUAGUUUAUUGCCUUCUGUCAAAUGGUAGUAAACAGAGAGGUGGCGUGGGGGUUGGAGAGACCUGCAUUGUAGCUAUUAGAGGGCUUUUCAGUGUGUCGGUAUCACUUGCCCCCUUGAGACAUUGGGUGAAACUUCUCACCGCCCAGACAAAUAAAUGCUCUAUUAGUCUAAGGUAAUGCUUGUGACAGAUUGGCAAAAAGGGUUUAAAUGAGGGUGCCUUGUGGGGCUUUUACACCAUGGACAAAAAUACAGUUGUUUUCAUGAUGUGUCAACAAAAAAUAAUCAAUUGUUUUAAUUUUUUUGUCUCUACCUUUAAUUGUUUUUAAAAUGUAAAAGAUAGUCCAGAGACUUGAUAGAAAAAAACAAGUUGUCUUUAGUCUGUGUUACACUUAAAUGAAAAUAGAUAAUUUUAAACUAUUAUCAUUAAUAUUCAAAGUACAGCUCUAAACAACGAUGCUGUUGCUCAUUCUGUAUCUUGUUUCUUCACAGUGAGUCUGCAGUGCAAGAUCCUGAAGUGUAACUCUGAAUUUUGGGCCUCCACCUCAAGCUCUGGACCCGAGGAGGAGUUUUGCACAGCCCUGCGAGCAUACAACAGCUGUGUACGCCGGACUGCUCGUACCUGCAGGGGAGACCUGGCGUACCACUCCGCCCAGCAUGGCAUUGAAGAUCUCAUGAGCCAACACAACUGCUCCAAGGAGGGGCCAACAUCCCAACCUCGAGCACGUACUCCACUUCCGUCUCUUCCGCAGCCUCCUCUACCUGACAGCCAGGAACACUCAGAUGGCCCCGAAGUGUGCCACUAUGAGCGCAGUCUGGCACGCAACACGGCCCUGCCUAACUACACUCACUGUGGCUUCUUUGGAGACCCCCACCUCCGAACCUUUGGAGAUGAUUUUCAGACAUGCAAGGUGGAAGGAGCCUGGCCGCUCAUCCACAACAAGUACCUGUCUGUUCAGGUGACCAACACCCCUGUGGUGCCGGGCUCUAUGGCAACUGCCACAAGCAAGGUGAGCAUCCUUCCUGUUUGUCCUGCAUGAAUGCUAGCUUGGAACAAGGAAGGUUUGAGGAUUCCUGCCUUUGAGGUGUGGAGUUUUCUCUGUUUUGCUGCAACUUCAAUUAAAUAUGUUGCCAGAAGAUGCAAUAUUAAGGAUGCAAGGAAGUCCCUUUGCCCCAAGAACCAGGUGGUUUCACAUUAACUGUUGUUUGACAAAAACAAAUAGUUUUGUGUGUUUUUGACUGUGCUGUUGAUGGAGGGGCAUGUAGAAUCUGACAGGUCUUGGUAUACUCCUGAGUUGACUUCUUUGGAAGUCCCCAACAUAGCUCUAUUUGAAUGAUGCCUUUUUUUGUCCCACACUGUUCUGCAACAGUGAAGUAUCCUGAUGUGAUUGAAAUUGGUGUGGUACAAGUUGUAAACCGACAGUAGUAGCUUCACAUUAGACAGACGUGUGCACACACUGUUAUCUCCUUUUACACCUCUGUUACGAUCUCUGCUGUGUCACAACAUUAAUGUGACAUUUACAGUGAAGAUGAAGUUACGAUGUGAGAGUCCUGCCUUGAAACGUCAAAGUAGUCUUAAACAUCUCUAAAAGGAAAAUUAACCAAAAUUGAUUUUAGGUUAAGAGAGAAUAGGAAAAAAAUCUAUUAUUUUGCUGUAAUGAUGUUACAUUGUAGUUGUUGGUAGCUUUUGUUAAGCAUAUUGAUCUCAUAGGAGUCGGUGUUGCAGCAGAUCAUCUUGCUGUUGGUGUUUCUCUUUGUGUGAGUCUCCUCUUUUAUGUGGUCUGGCCGUGAGAGCUGCUCUUCUGUCAAACUCUGGACUCUGGUUAGUGUUUGGACGCGUUCCAUCAUACAGAUAAAAGAAGCCAAACUCCAGCUCUAUUGAACAGAUCUUGAUAAGCUUUAUAAAUGAUAUGUUUGUGUAAUAACAGCAGUGCUACGUCAAAUGUUAACCCGAGGCUCCAUUUUCACUUUUCACAGCAGACACUUAAGUCUGAGGUUUGGCCUACUUAGACUUUGCUUCAUAUUGAGCACAUGAAAAGAAAAACAGUUGAUAUUUUCCUCGAUUUUAUCAGAUAUUUUCUUUCAUAGCUCAAACAUCAGGGCACUUCUUACUAUUGUUGUUUUGUUUAAAGGCACAAUGGCCAGUUUGGAGAGCUUUCAGUCGAACUGGAGGUCAAAAACAAUAAGAUGCAAGAAGUACGAGCUUUUACUGUGGGCAGUUCACUUAGAGUUGGUCCAGUCACUUCAUCUUGUAUCAUAACUGAACUGUUAACACUGAGGUAUAAAAGCACUUUGUCCUUAAUCACAUUUGAAGAGAGUAUAAUUUUCUGCAAUCAAGGGUUCCUAAUGAUACACUAUUAAGCAUUUGUGCCUUUUUUUAGGCUUUUUACAGUAAAGAUAUUUUGUAUUGCUGUUCUUGGAAGCAAAUGAGACGACUUUUUUUUUUUAUAAGAUCUUGAUUCUGGACAAAAGGGGAAAACAAGGCAGCAGCCAGUGCCACCUGUGCAAACAAAGCCCCCUCUGGUAAAAGAUCUGCAUUUGCAGAGCUCCGUGUUUGGUACUUAGCUUUAACUCGAGCAAAUAAAACUGUCUGGAUUUUUCCAUCUUCAUUCUGAUAGAGGGAUAAUAGAGCCAUUUUCUUUUGUUUGUUUUCAUUAAAAGCUUGAGAAAUGAACCAGGAAAAAAAACAAGAGUUGGAAUCGGUGGGAAAUGUUAGCUGAGGGUCGAGGGGAAUUAGGGCAGAACUGGUGCAACAGAUGAAUUGUCAAGCUAAUAGAGUUUUCUGAAGACUCCUGCUCCUCUGUCCAUAGUGUGCAGACACCAGAGUCCCCGGGCCCUGACAAUGGCUCAUUGGUGUCCUGAUGAAACCAAGCUAGCAGGGUCCUGAGCGGUCUCACUUAAUUAGCUGCAGAGUAUAUCCCUCUGUCCUGGCUCGAUGCCACUCCCUGGAGCAUAGUUCUGGGGUUCACAAGCAGGUUUUUUAGCACGAUGAAUGGAUCGUCUUUGUGUCUGCGAACUGAGGCCUGAUUUUACAUGGCCCAGACUCAUGUUUUUUGAGGGCGUUUACCUUGGCUUCCCCCAUGUUGAGCCAGCGCUGAAAUGUGACACUAAAAAGGGGCUGCGGGGUAGAUGGCACAUGUUGCAUAAACUAGUGCUCAAUGCAAAGUAGAAGAACUUCCCCUUCUUAAAAUCUAAUAUUUACAUUUAUUACCAGUUAUAAGGAAUCUACUCAGCAUCUCAUGGCUGCCAAUUCAACCCCAGUGCAUUUGAUCAUUCAGCCUUUUGCUCACUAGAUUUCUCUUUUUUUGUCGUCCUGCAGCUGACAAUCAUCUUUAAGAACUUCCAGGAAUGUGUGGACCAGAAGAUGUACCAUGCAGAGACAGACGAGCUCCCAGCAGCCUUUGCAGACGGCUCUAAGAACGGAGGGGACCGCAACGGGGCGAACACCCUACGUGUCGUGGAGAAGGUUCCUGGGCAGCAUGUGGAAAUCCAGGCCAAGUACAUCGGGGCGACCAUCGUGGUCCGGCAGGUUGGCCGCUACCUAACCUUUGCGGUGCGAAUGCCUGAGGAAGUUGUGAACUCGGUAGAGGAAGGGGAUAACCAGGACUUGUACCUGUGUCUUCAUGGCUGCCCCGCCAACCAGCGCAUCGAUUUCAGGAGCGUCAGGUCUCGAGGGGCGGAGUCUCAAGGUGCGAGCAGGACCAGGAGCAGUUUCACGUACCAGUCUGCCAAAGCUAAGUGCAAGGAGCGACUCCCUGUGGAGGACCUGUACUUCCAAUCGUGUGUGUUUGACCUCCUCUCUUCUGGAGACAUAAACUUCACCAUGGCAGCCUACUACGCCUUCGAGGAUGUAAAAAUGCUCCACUCAAACAGCAAAAGAUACCACAUAUUUGAAAAGGAUGCUUUCAUGAGCAACGCGGAACCACGGGGCAAAGAUUUACUUUCACUCUUCCUCCUCAACCUCCUGGCGGUGUUAUUGUGGAUUGAGUGCAGCUCGGUUCAUCUAUAG